AUGCGGAGUAAUUCCAAUGCUGGACAAGCCAAAAAAUAAAGAAAUUGUCAAACUUCAUUAUAAGCAUAAAGAAGACAAACUUCGUCAACGUAUUCAAAUGACAAAAAUAAAGGAAGAGGCACUGGCAAAGGAAAUUGAGGAACGAGAAAAGGAAGCAAAAGAAAAUUUGAUUUUCCGUUUAGCUGAUGAGAGCUUUCCACCAUCUGAGCAUCACAGUAGUACUGCAAAUGAUGUCGAGGAUGCAUCAAAUGAUAAAAUAAAAUUCGAUUUUCGAGAAUCAGGAAGAUUGAGUCAGUCGUGUAAGGAACUUGUUGAAAAUUCAAUCGACGAUGAAAUCUCAUGUGGACAAAAAAUCGGUAAAUGUGUCAUUUUAAGAGGAUUUCAUGAUCGUUUGUAUUCGGAGCCUCGAGGCAAAAGCAAUUUAUAUCGUGUAGACCGUACGACUAAUGAUAGUUGUCGUACGCACAAAGAAUGGCUACAGACAAUCACUAAUGAUCCUAAAAUUGUGCACAUCAAAGAGAUUGAUAAAAAAUUGAAACAAAAAUAUUUGCCGAGAAUGAAAAAAUCAUUAAAAAGUCAAAUUGAUGUGAAUGAGAUACAAAAGCGAUAUCAAAGGAUGAAAUUUAUGGGAAUACCGACAAUGGAAAUGAGUGAAUUUGAACAGACGAAUGAUAAUGAGAGGACUUUUAGAAUGAAUCAAGAAACAGUUUCCACAUAUGACGAAAAGAUGAAAGGCGAAAAGCACAACAAUGAUGACAAAUUGACUUCAAAAGACAAACAUUCGAAUACCAUAACUACGCCGGAAGCGAUAAAGCUAAUACCAAAGAUACCAUCGUCUUCAUGUUCUGACAUGACCGAAGAUGAAUGUGAACAGUCAAAAGUUGUUGGUUUCACAAAAGCACAUCCACGUGGAAAUAAUCCUGAAUUGUUACGAAUUGAUAAAUCUCUACCAUGGAUCUACAAUGAAAUAAAUUCAGCCAAAGUUAAAUUUCAAAUCGAUUACGAUGAGAUGAAUCGAAAAAGUUAUAAUGUGGCAAUAGACAAUUGGAAUCACGUUUCAAUCGAUAUCGAUGGAGAGAAUAAGAAGAAAGAAAUUGAUGAAAAUCAGAGUGAAAUAAGAAGGAGCUUUAAUAGUAUCAUAGCAAGUAAACGAAAGCAUUACAUGAAGUCUGUAGGAAUUGAAUUGAACGACGGAGAAGAUAACAAUGCUCAUGCAACUGUUGAUAAGGAUUAUGAUACAAAAUCAAUGCAAUCAGCUUCGACAUUAUCAAGUACGGGAACGUAUUUUACGAAUGAUAGUGGCAGUCACAUUGUGAUUCUCGAUGAAGAAAUUCCCAAAAGUCGAGUGAAUAUUGGAAAGAAGUUUCAGAACCACAGCUUAGUCACCACAAAAUCCCAACCGUCAUUCGACUCGCAACCAUAUUUCAUCACUGACUUGCAUACAAUGAAAAAGCUCCAUAAGCCAUCGGAUCGCUUUCACACUCAACGAACACGAUCAUGUGCCAACAUACGAGAGCGUGUGAAAGUCGACUCACUCGACUAUGAAGAUGAAUUAAUUGGGACCGAAAAAAACAAGAUGAAAUCACUGCUUGCGACUGACAUUGAUGAAUCUUAUGCUAAGGAACUCUAUAACGAGCGUUCACGAACGGAGUUCCGCUUUAAACGUGUCAGUGAGGUUAAACAAAUGCGCGAAGGAUUCAUGAGGAAAAUUGAGGCUUAUUAUAUUAAGGAAAAAAUGAUGGUGGAUAAAAUUCAAGCUGAAAAUGAUACAAAAGCUAUGAAGGAACUUACAGAAACAGUCAACCAAUAUGAAAAGUUCCUCGAUGAACAAAAGAAGACAAGAAAUCAUGACACAAUGAAGAUUAUGAAGGAUGUAAAACAAUAUUAUAUUGACACCGACAAUCUUCGAGCUGAACAUGAAGUCAUACGAGUGCAAGUGGGACCGAUGAAUAUGAAAAUUUUCUAUAUUGGUAAUGAAUUUUUGAGAAUGAGACGAUAUCAAGAUUUUCAAUAUCUUUUAAUGCCACUGGAGUGGCGUUUAAAGCACGACCAUCUGCAUCUUGAUUAUGGUGAUGGAAGUUUAGAGACUCCAAUCCUUGAAGAUUUGAGCAAAUCAAUACACAAUCGUAGCAUGAAAAAUGCAUGGGAUCAAGCAAAUGCAUCUGUACAAAAUAUCAUGGAAUACAUCAACAACAUUUACUGCAUGAAUGAGCCAAAGAAAUUGUUUCCAUUCAAAAAAGGAAAGGACAUGAUUGGAAUGAUUGAGGUUCUGAGUUCAAAAUCAAUAAAACUGCUCUCAAAGUUAAUGUAUGUAGCCAUAAUAUCCAACAAACUUGAUGAUGAGUUGAAAAAAUUGAAUUUUAAUAAUGAAAAGUUCAUUAAGAAUAUGGAAUUUAAAGCACAAAACCUUGAACAGCGUUUUUGGUUCCUGGAACAAAGAAGCACAUACCUGCUUAAUAAAUCAAAGGAACUUGCUGAAAAUCCACUAGAAGAGUCAUUUAAGGAUCCAUUACUGAAUGAACUUAAAGGAUAUUGCAAAAUACUUUUCAAAACAAUCAUUUAUGGCUACAAAAUCGACGAGAAGAACUCAAUCGAUGAUUCAAAAAUAUUCACAACCAUCGACCAGUUCCAAAGGAUUGAAGACAAAGUCCUGAACAUGUUUGCGACAAUCGAUAAAAUUCCACAAAAGUUGUUCAAUGAGAUGGAACAAAAAGUACGAAAAGAGCGAGAAAGAAAGUUCCGUUUGGCUGAGCGUGCAUGUAGAAUUGAGGACAAUAUUGAUACAACGAUGAAGCAGCUACAGCGACUAUUUGCGGAUCCACCGAAAAGGGAGAAAAUAAUUGGAAAAUUACAGCGAUUGUAUUUGAAGAAGAAGCCACAAAGGAUUAUUAAAGAAAAGCCACUGCUUAGUCCACUUGAGGAGGAAUAUCUUAAAGCAUUUAUGGAUGUAUCUGACGACAAGGAUGUUGGUGAAGCUAAAUUUGAUCCAAAUGUGAAAUUAAUGAUUGAGAAAAUUAAAAAUGAGAGCACGCCGUUCUAUGUUGAUCGAUUUAUUGAGUCAUUGGGCAUCAAUUUGAAGAAGCUUGAUCCACAAGAUGUCGAGAUGAUUGUACAAGAUGAGGCUGCACGAAUGAAAUUUAAAGACAUGCUGCCAGCUAUUAGGAUGAAGAUGAAGUAUUGGGAAUUCAAGCAGAAAAUGGAGAAGGAGAAAAAUAUCCAAAAAACAUACUUUUUGUAUCAGAAGAAGUGAUAAUGGAAGUGACUUGGAAAUUAUUGUGUUAAAUAAAUUUUUUUG